AUGCUUGGUGUUCUUUCAACUCUACACCGAAAAGAUGGUGUUAUUGCAACGUACCAUAUAGAAGAUGAAAUAGAAGUUGAUGAUUUCAUCAAGGAGGUGACCCAAACGGUGUACUUUAAUGAGGCCGAAGUUGAUGUGAAGUGUUCAUGUUCACUGUUCGAAAUGAGAGGGAUAUUGUGUAGACAUGCAUUAGCCAUUAUGAGAGUUAACAAAGUGAAAAAGGUGCCAGAGAAGUAUAUAUUAGAUCGAUGGAGAAAUGACAUUAAAAUGACAUACACUCUCAUACGCAGUAGUUAUGACUCAGUUGAUGCAAGGCCAGAAGUGAGCAGAUAUUCGCGCAUUUUGAAGGUAUGCUAUGACGUUGCCACAAAUGCAGCGUCAUGUGAUGAGCAUGCUGAUGAUAUGAUAGAGAAAUUACAUGCAAUGAAUAUCGUCUAUCGGACCAAGAAGUCACCCCAACGACCCUUGGAACAUGUUGCAGAUACAGCUGUCGAUGCAAGUACAGUUGGUAGUUCAAAGAAAGUCUUAAGUCCCCUUGUAGUUAGAGGCAAAGGAAGACCACCAUGCCUCAGGAAAAAAUCAAUGAUUGAGAGAGUCAAACCCACGGCGAAUAAGACUACUCAGAAGGGAAAACGUAAACAGCCACAUGGAAGAGAUAUCGAUAGGGUUGACACGUGCAGGAAUUUAUUUGGGCAAACAGUUGUUGGGACUCAAGAGAGUGUUGUCAUUCAGCUUGCUCAAAACACUACCGAAUUGUUGGAUCUUAGUGAAACUCAACUUGGGGAUGGGAGACAACCAGAUCUGAAUAAAGAGCUAGAUGGGACUCAAGAUCGUGGACCCGUAUUGAAUGAGUACCACAAUGGGUUAAAAUCGUCAAAGAGUCGCCGGGAUUUCUUCUAUGCAAGAUUGAGUGAAGUGCUGGUGGCAAAGUUGGGAAAGCAUCGCGUGGAACAACUGGAAAAGUUCAGAUGCAACAUUUUGUAA